AUGGCCCCACAACAAAUAGUCAUAGCAGGAGCAGGUGUAUUAGGAUUAACAUCAGCUUUAACAAUAAGUGAAAAACUCAAAGAUGCCAAAAUAGAUCACCAAUUAACAAUAAUAGCACAAUAUAGUCCACAUAAUCCAGAAAUGAAUGAUACCUUGACAACAUAUAAUGAAUAUACUUCACCAUGGGCAGGUGCACAUUUUAGACCAUUCCCAAGUAAAAAUAAAAAGGAAGAAGAAGAAAUGAUAAUGACUAGAGAGACUGCAAAACACUUCAAGUACCUAGCCGAUAAUUAUAAGGAGUCUGCUAUCAAAUAUAUAAAGGGUGUGGAAUUUAUUGAAAAUCCUGAUGAAUAUUAUAAAGAUAUAAAAUAUGGGUACAAAGAAGGUAUGUCAAAUUUCAAAACUUUAGAUACUAAAAAAGGCUUUUUGGGAUUUGAAUAUGAUACAUGGGUCAUAAAUCCAACAUUAUAUUUACAAUACCUUUAUUUCAAAUUAUUAAUUGAAUACAAAGUAAAAUUCAUUCAACAAAAAUUAAAUAGUUUAAAAGAAAUUAAUUCAAUUGUACCUGGAAAUCCAAUAAUCAUAAAUUGUACAGGUACUGGAUUACAAUAUAAUGGAGGCGUUGAUCCCAACUCGUUUCCUAUAAGAGGUCAAACGUUAUUAUUAAAUCCUGGACCCUCCUAUAAGCUGGACAAAACAGUCACAAUACAAUUAAAAGAUGGUUCUUGGAUCUUCACUAUUCCUAGACCUUAUAACGGAGGUGUUAUAUUAGGAGGUACAAAACAAUUAAAUGAUACAUUUUUAGGUAUAAGAGAAGAAGAUACACAACAUUUGGAAAAAUUAGGAUCACAAUAUUUUCCAGAAUUAAUGAAAAUCAACAAAGAUGGUGAACCCUAUUUUGAUAUUAUUAGAAUAAAUGUCGGGUUAAGACCUGCUAGAAAAGGUGGAUUAAAUAAUGAAGUUGAGAAAUUUGGAGAUAAUGUUGUUAUUAAUAAUUAUGGAGCAGGUGGUAUGGGAUAUGAAUUAAGUUAUGGUGCUAGUUUAAAAACUUAUGAUAAUUUGGUGUCAAUUUUAAAAGAUGACAGUAAACCAAAAUUGUAA